GUGAGACAACAAUUACCAAACAAUAAGUGUAACGGAGAACGCUCCUCGCUCCAUGUUGAGAGCAAGAGGGUCUGCGCAGGCGGGGCCGCGGCGCAGCGGGCACCAGGCGAGGCCGCGACGCAGCGGGGUCCAGGAGCGUCCGCAGCCCGGGCUGCCGUCGCACGAGCGCGCCAAGUGUUUCCGGAUCACUUGCUACGUUAUAGUGCAGUGUGUGGCGGUAUUCGUGGGCGCCGGCACCGUCUACCGGUGCGUGUGGGCGCCGGCGGCGGGGAUGCGCGAUUACGACAAGCUGGCGCGCAUUAUGUACUUGUACGACUCGGAGGCGUGCGGACGCCGCGUGGCCGCCGCACUCGCAAUCGCCAACCUGCGGCUGAGCAACGCGACGGGGCCGCGCGGCGUUCGCCCUGUGCGCUGGCGGCCCGCCCUCGCCACCGUCUCCGCCAGCCUUUCCGCCGCCACCAGAUGGUACCUGAACUUCAGCGUGGCGAUACAUGCGCUAUGGCUGCUGUCGGCCUUGCUCGUCAACAUUCUAGUGAAAGCCCGCGCGAGGCUUCGGUUUCAAAAGAUAGGGCUCUCGUUGUUCUUCUACGCGUCUAUUUCUGUGGUGAUAUUCGAUCUUUCCAUGGCCAUCGUGUACGCGUCGCAUAUCAAGAAGAGCCUAACAAAGGGCAUGAUACUGCGCUAUAGCGGGUGGAGCGUCGAGAUGAAGCUGGAGAACUAUACGGCGUGGGGCGGUUGGGUGCCGCUGGCAGCAGCGCUGUGCUGGACCCGCGGCGGGUUGAUCGAGUGCCUCAACGUGUAUUGCUGCCGCGCCGUGCACCUCGCGCUGCGCGGCGUGAGGAAGCGCGAGGUAAAGCGUCGGCUCACAUUGGCCUUGAAUCCACCGCUACCGGAAGCGCGCUCGGAGAACCCCAGUGACGGCACCGUCCUCUACUUUAGGGCCGGAGAGUAUAUCCCCUUUAGAGAAAAUAGGGUCGGUGGUCGUUUCUAAUUUACAUAUACUGAUGUCCGUACAAUACUCUCAUGUUUACAUUAGUUGCAUAUUUAUUAAGUUGUAAUAAUAAAAAAAAAAGUCUAUGUUAAUCUAUACUUACUAUACUAUUAUAAUAAAGCGUAAACA